AUGCAGAUGCAUGAAAAUGCUGAAAAGGAAGCUGCAAAGAAGGAGUUGGUGGAGCUCCAGAGACAACACGAGGAGGAGAGAAGAAGAUUCGAGGAGGUAAAGAGAGAAACUGUGUUAGUCCUGAAGAUACUGAAAGAAGAGAAGAAAAACCUACAGAAGGCAAAGAACUCAGUUGAAACGUUAGAGCUUCAAGAAGAAAUUGCAGAGCUGAAAGUAAAAAGGGCAAACAUAGAACUGAUGGAAGGCAAGAAAAAACUGCAAGAGAAGAGAGAAGAAAUAGAAAAGGCCAACAAGGAACUGAAGGACACAAGUAAGGAAGCUGAGAAUGUAAUCAAGAGACUGCGGGAGGCUCAGAAGGCGCUGGAUAAGGAGAAGAAAAAGCUGCAAGAGACAAAAAAUAAAUCUGAAAAUGCUAAGAAAGAGUUCCAGGAGGUCCAAGCAGCAUUAGAGGAGGAGAAAAGGGCAAUAAUAGAAAUGAGGAUGGAAUCUGAAAAAUCACCAAAGGAAUUGUUGGAGGUUCAGACGUCCCUGAAAGAGGAGAAAAAAGCUCUGGAAGAAGCAAAGAUGGAAACUGAAAGCUUAAAAAAGGAAGCUGAGAGUUCAAAGAGGGAAUUGUUGGAGCUCCAAAGAGAAAUGGAAGAGGAGAAGAAGGCAAUACUGGAGGCCAAGAAAGCAACUGAAGUUGCUAAAAUUCAAUGCGAAAAUGUUACAGUGGAAGCCGAGAUGGCAACACUGAAACUUGAAAAUGCAAAGCUGGAAUUGUUGGAGGUCCAGAAGUCCUUGAAAGAGGAGAAAAAAGCUCUGCAAGAAUCAGAGAUGGAAACUGAAAGCGUAAGAAAGGAAGCUGACAGUUCAAAGAAGGAAUUGUUGGAGCUCCAAAGAGAAAUGGAAGAGGAGAAGAAGGCAAUACUGGAGGCCAAGAACGCAACUGAAGUUGCUAAAAUUCAAUGUGAAAAUGUUACAGUGGAAGCCGAGAUGGCAACACUGAAACUUGAAAAGGCAAAGCUGGAAUUGUUGGAGGUCCAAAGAGCGCUGGAGGAGGCAAGAAGCCAAGAAGCAGAAGGGCCUGAUGCUGUGGUGACAGAGUGUGAAGAUGCGCACAAACAGGAAGAAACAAAAAAGGGGUCGAAAAAGAAGAAAAAGUCAAAGAUGAGCCGCAUUUUCAGCUGGUUCAGCUGCAUCAAAGGGGCUCAGGAGGAGGAUGACUAACUUCACU